AUGGGCAUUCCUCUGGCCGACAUCACUGCGGAGCUCUACCCAGACGAUAUCCAUUGCUACACCAAGACCGCCGUGACUCUGGGACGCGUCUGCUCGACCUGGAUGGGCGUUACAAGAGGCUACCCUCUACUUUGGACGACCGUAGACAUCGCGCCGCCCGACAUGAACUCCCUCGCCGUCCUGACGUCCUGCCUCAGAUACUCCGGGUCUCUGCCGCUAUCAUUGGAGUUGGACCUUUCCAACUACAGAGAGUGCGAUCAAGUCGAUGCCGUCCUCAAGCGCUUGAUGCGAACUGUUGCCAGAAAUGCGCAUCGGUGGGCAAGCAUCUCGAUGAUGCUUUACAAAUACACCGGUCUGCUGAAGCACUUGACCAUCGCUCCUCGCGGCGCCUUCACCUCUCUGGAGCGUGUUUCCAUCGAGGCCUACCACGUUGGACCCUGGCAAAGUAACCCGGCCCGUGGCCUAUACGAAUCGUUCUGCGCGUCACCUGAUUUGCAUGCCGUUUGUUGGUGGUCAGAACCUAUCGCGUUAGAUGCUCCCGAAUUCGCGAUUGCAAACCUGACGCACGUCGGUCUCUUCCUCAACGAUGGGACGGCAGAAAUCCUCACGAUCCUUAGACGUUGCAACCGACUUCAGGUCUUGCAGUUCAUAUUUCACGACAGCUGUGACCAGCCUCAGGGCUCCCUUGGAACUGUGCAUCUGCCGCACUUGCACACUCUGAUGCUGAGGUCGAUACGUUACGACUUCACCUGGCUCUACAAGUACUUCCUUGUUCCUAGGCUCAGACGUCUGGAUGUAGUACCUCGUUAUCCUCAAGGCGAGGCCAUCGAGUGCAUGCUGUCCCAGUCGCGCGCCUCAUUGCGUAUGCUCAAUUGGGGUUUUCCAAGGUAUUGGCAUAUCGAUGAUCUUGUCGGUCUUCUACACAGUGACCCUUUGAGGUCACUUCGCGUAUUGCGCUACCUGGCGCGUCCACAUUGUCGGACGGUGGAGACGUUUGAGGAGGUGGCAAGGCUCGUGCCCUCGCACGUCGAGACAUAUACUGCUUCUUUCUAUGAAGCCGAGAGCGCCUUUCGCCGGCUGUAG